CACGUCACCGUUUUCUCUAUUUUCUGACAAUUUAUAGACAAUUAAUUGAUCAAAAUGUACCUGACAGAUAAGGAAAUUAAUAAUAUUUAAUUAAUAACUGCUGUUCAUUUUUCUCCAUCAGUUUUUAGAUUGUUUUCACUUCAUUCAUCUGUCACAGAGCAGAUUCACUCCACUGUAUUAUAAUUCUUUCAAAUUAAAAAGUCAUACAGUGUGUGAGUGUUUUUAAUGGUCUUAUUCAGCUGUUUGUUUGUUUCUUUAUCUCAGUUACAGAAGUCACAAGAUUAUUAAAUGGAUUUAGUUUUUAAGACUUUCGAUUAAAUUCUGCAGUUUUCUUAUAAAAUACCUUUAAUUUUCGCCUCUUCAGGGCCUUUUAAAAAAAACGUACAUGAAACAAUCUGUGUGUAAAAUCAUUUUAAUUGCUCACUUCAGCCACAGCCUUUAAUGUGGCGUCUAAAGCCCCAAAACAUUGGAAAUCCCUGUUUCAUCUGCCCACAAUACAGAACCUCCAUUAGAAAUCUGCCCGUUUUAAAGCUCCAGUAACUCCUGCUUCGGCGUACACGAUGACCUCACCUCUCCGUGUCUCUGGUGGGAAACGGACUCAUGUUUAUUGUGUUUGAUGUUGUUACGAGUUAUUCUAUCAACAUAACAACAUUCAUUAAGCAGUGUUGCUGUUUGAAAUGACGCUCAUAGGCACUUUAAUGUGGUGUUUUCCCACAGGGAGGCUGGUUGGUGAAACAGGGCAGAAAAUGUGUGUUUAUUGUUGGCAGUUUGGUGGAAGCUGAUCAUGUCUGUGCAGGUCUGAGGCUGAUAAGAGCCAGACUGGAGGAUUAUGGUAAUAACAGGCUGCCACUGACUGACUGCAGGGUCCCAUCACAGCCAAAUGGUUGGGCGGGCUGCGGACGCUUAUCACCGCGUUGCAGUGGGCGAUCCUUCACGCAGUCACAUGACACAGGCGACACCUUGAUUCACACUGCAGCUGCACGAAGAACAGCUCAGUGGUUUUUAUCACCAAAACCAGGACGCAACAUGACGAGCUGAUGGUGCACGUCGAUCGUUUUUAAAAGCACAAAAGAUCCUGUCAGUCGGCUGAAACGUGACUUUUUCGUAAAGCAGCGGGCAGAUAUUAUCAGCAAUAAUCAGUAAUGAGCUCAGGAUCAUUUUUAAGAGGUGGUUUCGCAUUUUUCUAAAUGCUCGUAAAACUCUUUCUGUGAGUGUUAUCUGGCAAAGCAGAAAGAAAACAAUCAUUUUCAAAGAGAACCAUUUCUGCGGCGUACCCCGCCAUCAACUCAUCAGAUAAGAACGCUGCUCUGCGGCUCCUUCAGCAGAACCGGUGACCUUCAGGUUAGGAACAAAAAAACCUGUUUCCUGAACCAGAGUUCGAUCAGUUUUGUUCAUAUGAAGAUAUUCAGAAAAAAAAAUAAAGAAAGAAAUAAAGAAAGGACGCCUGGUGCCUCUUUUCCAGGACGCAGAAUGGGAUGAAACUGUAUGUACAGUUGCCAAGGAGACAGGAGGCAGGCAGAAGGGGUAGUUAAGAGGCUGAUAACCCACACACACCCUGUGUUUUCAUUCACACCGCUUCGUCCGCAGGAACCAGUUCAGGAGACGCCGCUAAAGACACAAAACACAGCCCGCUGGAGCCUACGCUGAGGAAUUAUCUGCUGUCAGGACCUUCCCGGGACGCCGCUGUCGUCGCUGCGCCAACAGGGACCGGAGCUGGACUGGACGGAAGGGGGGGAGCUGAGCCAUGCUGUCCGCCGCCAUUCAGAUCCUGGCGUUCGCCCUGGCGCUCCUUGGCGUCCUCGGCACCACCGUGGCCACCCUGCUUCCCAACUGGAAGGUGAGCAUCAACGCCUGGUCCAGCAUCAUGACCCCCAUCUCACAGAUGCAGGGGCUGUGGAUGGACUGCGUCUGGUACAGCUCCGGCGUCUUCAGCUGCACCAUGAAGAACUCGGUGCUGUCACUGCCGGCGUAUCUGCAGACCACGCGUGCUGCCAUGGUUCUAUCGUGCAUGGUGGCGUCGUUCGGGCUCUGUCUCGCCUCCCUGGGGCUCAAAUGUACCCGCUGGGGGGGCAGCCACCGAGCGAAGGGGCACACGGCCAUCGCUGCAGGGGGUUGCUUCGUCCUGGCCAGCUUCCUCUGCCUGGUCCCAGCGUCCUGGUUCACCAACGAAGUCAUCACCGCCUUCCUGACCACGGACCUGCCGGAGAGCAGUAAAUAUCAGCCCGGAGGAGCUCUGUGCGUGACGUUCAUCUCCGCUGGCUUCCUCCUGGCUGGAGGGGUAAUUUUUUGUUUGUCGUGUCCCGGAAAGAGAACAGGACGACCGGACUACGCUUCCUCCGCCGACCCUGACAGAUUUCUCAUGUACCAGAGGCAGGAGCUGCAGCCGGAGCCGAAAAACAGGCAACACAAGAAGGUUCAGCUGCAGAUGGACGAAGUGAAGCCUCCUCAGGACAAACCAGAACAGAAUCAAGAGCACAAGCUCUACUCGUCUCCCUCCAAACUCCCCCAAAAAGACAUCAAGGACAGUUACAGCCUCCAGGAGUACGUCUAGUCCCCACAGCUGAGAGGUGAAAUGUGGAGUUUUCAGCUGGGGCUUUCUGGCUCAUAGAAAAGAGGGGGGAGGUGGGCUGGGGGAGGUCUGUUUGAGAGGGAAUAAUUACUAAAUGCUGGAAAUGACAGAUUGUGGUUUCAGCCGAACGGGAGGUCUGCGAAGGACAAAAGGUGCUUUUAAAAAAACUGCACCAAACACUGUAAAUCCUUUAAAAACUACCUGCAAAACUGCCGCAGCUUUCUCAUACCAAAGGAAAAAAAAUGAAUGAAUAAAUAAAAAAGAGCUGAACCUGCUGAUCAUAAAAAAAAAAAAUUGAGCUCUGCUUGAUAUUGAAAGCCAUCAUUUUGCAGCUGUAGAUGCUGUCUGCCUUCAGAGAUUAACUAGUGUUCCAGCAGGGCCGGCAAAAAGCUCUCUGGGGCCGUGAGCAGGAUUCAACCACCACACAGACACACAAAUUACAUUUACAUUUAAGAUACACUUUCUGAUUUUGUUACAGCACUUUGGUGUCCACAAAUUCCAAAAAAUUGAGUUCAAACUUUGGACCACAUAUUUGCUAAUAGCUGUUUUUAGCAUUAUUACCUACCCCCAUUGGCAAAUAGUUAGAACAGGAACUAUUGUAGAAGUGUGGACCAGGAGGAGGAGCUUAAUAAUUUGGUACACGGUGUAAAAAGUUGGAGAAACACUGUCUAGUGUAUUUGGACGUGCAGGAAUGGAUUAAGUAAGAUGACCUCCAUUGUGGUAAUAACAAUAAAUAUGUGGUUAAUGUUCAUAGUUUGCUUUAGUUAACGCACUUUGGAGUUAGGAAAAGAUUGUGGUUUGGGUUCAAAUGUUUGUGAUAUCAGUUAAGUUAUAUGUAAGUUGGUGAUACUAAAGUUUAUUUUCGGAAUAACGGGCCUUCGGAGUAACGGACGUUUGUUUUCGGAAUAAUGAGCUGUCAGACAAGUGGGACAUUUUCCCAGAACAAUGGCCCGGCACCACUCUGGGAUAUACUGCAGGAACAUUCUUACUUCAUAAAAAUGUUGUGUGAGAUUUAUGUUGUAGGGCUCCCACUCUUUUUAAGAAAUCUUUAAUAGAAUACAGGAGAGAACAAACGGUUACAUCAUUUACUGACUUACAGUCAGGUUUACACAUUUGCAUUGUUCAUGAUAGGUGGUUACAGAUAGGUGGUCAGCGUUUACAGGACACAUCUCCUGUGAUUUGACAGUUUACUACAGAUUUCUUCAAACCAACGUUUACGUAGACAAUCUGAGUGAGGAGCUAAAGUACAAUAAAAAUGUUCCUGGACAACAUAGAUUAUUUUGCUCAUUUUAAUAAAUUUUCAACUAGUUUUUAAAUGUCCAGGUUUUCCAGGAUGCGUGGGAACACUGAGUGCAGCAAAAUGUUGGCAGUGUAUCUUAAAUUACAACAAAGCACCAACAACAGUUCACAUGUUCAGCUCAUCCAAGGACGCCUGGUGGUGAACGUCGCCUCCGUCUCGUCUGCUUUGGGCCGGCUCUGAAGUAAAUUUGUUUUGGAGAGCCUUUUAGAGCCUCGGUGCAUGCUGUCCGUGCUUUUAGCCGCUUACAGCUUGAAUGUAGUGCAAAGCUGCUGUUUGUAGAAACUGUGCCUGCAGCCAUAAAAAAACACUGCUGACCUUAGUAGAUUUAGUGUUUUAAAGUCCAGAUCCAAAGCUUGAAAGCGACGGCGUCCGUGCCGUCUUUUCCCAGCGGUUCGGAGGGAGGCGAGAGGUGCAGAGUAGCAUGGAGAGGGGUAAUGAUGCUCUUUGCUUUCCCAUUAUCCUCUCGCCACGGUUGGAUGCACACUGCACACAUGCACCCCUCCACCACCCUCCUUCAGCUGUAUGAAAAGGACAUCCAGUCAUUUGCAGGAUGUAACUUAAAGCCCAAUGGACAGUGGACAGUCUGCAGUAUUGUGGACGUGGUGGUGGGGGGUGGGGGGGUCCUAUAACCUGAGGAGAGCUGCCAAUCAAACCUGUGAAUGCUUCUUGGAAUUGAGAAGGAAAGUAACAGCUGAGCUGAACUUCCACUGCUGCUAAAAAGAAAUGACCUAAAAGAGAAAAUAGAGUCGAUUCGUCAGACCUGUCAGUGUAUUCACGUAGAAAACCAGACACAUUCAGGCACAAGCAGCUAGAAAACUCGAACAGCUAACAGAUUUUUUUUAAAAAUCAAAGCAUGGCAAAAUAACAACCAACAAUCUUUUAUGUGUUCUGUAAUUUUGUUUUUGCUGCUUUUGGACUCAAACCUCACCCCUAUAUAGUUAAACACACAUACACAUGGUACAUGGACAACAGGACAAUUAUGAUGGUUUACAUCAUCGAUGUAUAUAAAGAUGGAUGACAUGACAGUUGUCCAAAAGUGAAGCCAAAACUUCUCUAUCUCCCUCUGGUGGCUGACUGCAGUAAAGCUCAUAACAGCCUCAAUGUUAGCAGAUCGGACUAAAAUAUCAAAAUCAGGUUUAUUUUUCCCAAAGUUUCUGUCAGUUUCAGUAGUUUAAAUCAGUUAUUUGAAGAUAUAAAAAGUGAAUUUCACGUCAUGAUUGACAGCUUGGUCCUCCUCACCAUUCAGUAGGCUGGAUGUGAGGGCGGUACUUAGAUACCGCAGUGACCACCCUGAUUACGACAGCACAGACUCUGGCUCCGAAUGACGCCACCAGAGGAAGAUAUCCGGCUUUAUUUCUGUACAUCCAUCCCGAUCAUCUGCUUUGGGCCGUCAUCAAUCUUUUAUAUGUUGAUGGUUUAAAUGUAAACAACUUAAUUUAAUUUUAAAGGUUUUAAUAUGUGAUAGUAAUUCAAAAAAUAUUUUUGUUUAUGUAUUUAGGUUUUUAUUUUAUCAACCUGCUCUCUAUGGAGCUCAUAAAGAAACAUGCACAUGUCCCUUUAAAGGCUCCGUACACUCUCACCCCCAACUCAUCAAAUAUGGCCGCUUGAACAGUGGUCUAACGCUUCAGAGUAGUUUUUACAGAACAUUUUUAAAAUAAAACACCACGUAAAGACUCUGGAUCGAAUUUUACCUGACCAGAAGUCGGUCAGUUAGAGGAAAUUUGAAGUGGUUUUGUUUCCUUUUUAAGGAUGAAGUGUGUUUUUCUGUUUGAUUAAUUAUUACAUAUUCCAUCUAAAUCAACUUGUUACUGGUUAAGAUAACCAUGUGUAAGUUUAGAUAUUGGCCAUCGGUCAACCACUAGCUGAAAAUACAGUCUUUUCUGAAACAUAACCAAGUAGUUUCUGUGUCUAAACUUAACAGUUCAAACUCAUAAAAUGUAAAAUGUCUCCCAGCAUUAUUUAUUUGAGGUCUAAUCAGAUGUUGCAUAUUUAUUAUUGUUUGACCGGACGGUGUUACGGGGCACCUACAGCGUCCUAGUGUGAAGCAUCGGACCAUAUUUGAUGAGUUCGGAGUGAGAACGUGCUGACACAUUAUUAUGUCACGGAAAUAUUUGUCUCUGUAACUAACUUUUAAAAUUCUUGGGAAGAUCAAGGAAUUCACAUUCAGCUUAACAACUGAAGAAUCAUUGUUUUGAUUCUUUAGCAGUUACUUGUUACUUUAGCAGGUUUAUAGAAAUGAAAAAUAAAAGGGCUACAAAGGUGAACAAUGCAGUACAUUGAUUCAGUAAAACACAUGGAGUUCUGAUUGUGUGAACGAGUGAUGUCUUUAAUGGGCAGUCGGCUAACAAGCUGGUAUUAGCAAUAAAUACCAGUAACCUUUCUUUUUGGUGAUUUUUUUUCUGCUCAUUUGCAUUGUUCCUGACAGAAUAUGUCUCAUAUGUUUCAGAAACUCAAAGAUUAAAGACAGUUGAGUAAAUAAAGAGGUUUAAAGGGGUGAGGAUCACAUUAUCAGUUGCUAAUUUAUCGUCUAGGAACUCAACAUUUUAAAAAUCUGAAUGUAACUGAGUCUGAAUGUUUCAGUUGAAGAACGAUCACUGUGUUUUUAUCCGUCAACAAAUAAAAAAUAUGUCCGAACUCAAAGCUUC